CCCACUGGCCCUGAGACCUGUCUAGUCCAACCUUGGCCGAGUCCGAGUGCGCGCCAGCAGGCCCGCCGAUAAAACUCAUCGUGCGCGCCGCCGUUCCGGUCCACGGCGCCGCCGUUUCCCUUCUUUCUCCGGUUUGCCCCGCGGCUUGCUCUUACUGCAUGUCACAGACGGUCUGAUCCGCGGAACCCUAGAGGACUAGCAGAUAAGCACAGCUGGAGUCGAGCCCGCGAUCGUGGUCGUUCCCGGUCCAAUCGCAGCCAUGGAUUUCAUGAAGGUGCUCGAUCAGACCGUCCGGGAGAUAAAGAGGGAGGUGAACCUCAAGGUCCUCAAGGUGCCGGAAAUCGAGCAAAAGGUUCUUGAUGCCACAAGCGAUGAGCCAUGGGGGCCUCACUUGUCCGACUUGGCAGACAUUGCCCGGGCCACCAAAAGAUAUGAUGAAUGUUCAAUGAUCAUGAAUGCGCUGCGGCAACGGCUGGGGGACACUGGUGCGAAUUGGCGUCAUGUGUAUAAGGCAUUGGCUGUGAUUGAGUAUCUUCUUGCUAAUGGUACUGAACGUGCUGUCGAUGAAAUUACUGACAAUAGCUCACAGAUUGCGAAACUUACGAGUUUCGAGUAUGUGGAGUCCAAUGGAAAAGAUGCUGGGCUCAACGUGCGAAAGAAGGCUGAAACAGUUCUAUCAAUUGUGGAUGACAGGGAGAAACUUCAACAAGUCAGGGAGAAGGCUGCUGCUUCGAGGGAUAAGUACUUUGGUUUGUCAUCGACUGGGGUAACAUACAAGUCAAGCGCAGCAUCAUUUGGCAGUGGCAGCUACUCAUCUGGUGGUCGCUAUGGAAGCGCACAUAGUUCAAAGGAAGCUGACGCAUCCAGGGAUAGCUACAGAGGCAACAUCCGUAAAGAACCAAUUUCGGAUUUCAGAAGCACUAGACAAAUGUCGAUAGGAGGACACACGAGCAGUACAACUGAAUAUAAAUCAAGAAAGGGACAAGGGCGUCGCAGGAGAAAUCAAGAUUCCUCAACAUCACACCUAAAAUCAUCAUCAAAUCUUAGCUCCACAUCUGGAGGCCCAAGUUCACAGAAAGUGAACAACGAAGAUGACGAUGACUUCAACCCACGAGGGCCUUCCGCACCAGCUACUGCAAGCUAUAAUCACGUGGAUCUCUUUGGACAAAGUUUAAUGGAUGACCUUGUUAACAAGACUGCAUCUACUUCAAGAGCACUGCAAAAUGUUGGAACUGCUUCUUUACCAGAAGUUGAUUUAUUUGCUGAUACAGAUUUCCAGUCUGCUAAUGCUCCACUAGAGUUGGCAACUGCUUCUCGCUCUCAGAUGUUAUCACAUGAAAAUAUUGAUCUAUUUGCAGGCAGAUCAUCAUUUGCUGGUUCUGCUAAUUCAGAUACAGGAUUCUCAGUACGUGGUAGCCCUAAUAAAUCUUCAGACCUUAUGCCAUCAUCCCUUACACAUUCCAAUGCCUCUGCUUUUGAUCCAUUUCAACCAUCCUUUGUGACAUCAUUCCCUUCGUACACUGAGUUCUCAGUGCAUGACGCCCCAGGCAAAUCCAAAACCCCCUCACAUCAGCAUUCCAGCGCUGCAGAUUUUGAUCCUUUUGCUGCAAUUCCAGUGAAGACUCUUGAUGAAUCUGACUCCUUCAGUGCAUUCUCUUCAAAUACGGUUUCAGGUCAAACUAAAACGGAAAGUUUAAAAUGUUCUUAUCGUAGUCCUUUUGAGGAGCUGAAUUUUGGUGCCUUUACUUCACAUACGGAAUCGCCUAGAACAAUUGCCACCAAACUCAUGAAUAAAUCCCCCACAAAGCUGGAGCCGGCCUCCAUGUCAGAAUCAAAAUCAGAUGUGAAGAAAGGGGCUUUUCAGGUCAAGUCUGGCAUAUGGGCUGAUUCUUUGAGUCGUGGGCUGAUUGAUUUGAAUAUAACUGCCUGUAAGUAUCUCUACAUUAUUCCACUAAAAAAAGUAUGUACUCUUUUUUAUGCAUGUUUUUGGUGGUGCCCUGCAUGUCACUUAUCUGGUAUAGAAACUUUAUUAUUAGCUGUAUCAAAGCAUGAAUAUAUAUAUCACAUGAGCUGCAGUCCAAGUUCUACACGCUCUCUAUCAGUAGGAACAAAAUUUACCACAAGUAAACAUACUUCAAGACUGUACAUUGUGUGUUUUUAUUCAUAAAUGAUGCCUAUUAUUCCCUACUCAGUUCGCAAAACAACUGGAGGCAAGAUUACACUCGGUACAGUAAGACUGCAGGAGAAAGGAGUUGAGCAAGCUUACGAGUACAUGUUAUUGUAGCUUAUGAGUGUUUAUUGUUUAAUCAUUACAUGCAGCAAAGAAGGUCGAUCUUUCAGAUGUAGGGGUUGUUGGGAAAUUGAGCGACGGAUCUGAGGAUAAAGGCCCAGCUGUUCCAUGGUGCACGGCGACAACAAUGGGCACCGGAUCAGGCAUGCAAGGCAGGUCUGGUUCUCUAUCGUCCACAGGAUCCACCGGUGGAACUGAUAAUUUCCAGCAGCAGCAGUUUGGAAGCUUCAAGUGAUCCUCAGGAGUCAGGAUCUUCUUGUGUGAGAGUGUAUCGUUAUCCACGGUUCUUGCAGAGUUGCAGUAUCCGACUUCCUGAAUCAUUUAUGCAGUAUUGCUCCUGACAUCUCAUCAACGAUCAAGUGUUUCUGAGAUGGCCAGUUCUAGUAUUGCAAAAUAACUAUCAUCUUCGCCCUUGAUAGUGUUCAAGAAAAAAUAUUCGCCCUUGAUGUGCUAUAGUUCUGUAUCUAUUAGUUCAUCCAAAGUAAAUCUGUAUGUGCGCACUGUGAAUAAAGCAUUUGGAUUUUCCUUUUGAUAGUUUUUUUUGGGUAUCUCACUUCUCAAUAGCGCAAGCAGGAGUCCUGUAACUUACCUCCUCUACUGUAUAGUGUACACCCGAAAUUAGGGGUAAGUUAUAUACAAUUAUUCAAACUUCA